AUGAUGUCUAAAAUAGCUGGCUGGCAAUUUAAUUGUGCUAGUACAACUUGUUUACCAUUUUCUACUCUCAUUGUGUCGGACAUUUUCAAAUGCGAACUGGCUUGUUUAGCUCAAAUUCAAUGUGAAGCAAUUAGUUUUCAUCAAUCAACUACUAAGUGUGAAUUAUUUGCCAACAUAACGAAUCAAAAUGGGAAUAUGUUGGCCAAUAUUGAUAGUGUGACUAUGAUUGUUAUAGAUCAAACAAGGUUUCCAGCAGAACCGGUCGCAUCAUCAUCUAUAUUAUCAUCAACAUCAGCAAUAUUCACAACAAACGACGCAACAUCACCAUCCACUUCAUUAUUACCAACAACAAAAAUCAACACCACGUUAGCAUCGGCAACUAUCAACACAACGUCAGUAUCAACAACAAUUAAUACUACGUCAGUGUCAACAACAAUCAACACAACAUCAUUACCGACAACAGUUGCUUGGAAUGUUUGUCUUAAUCUAACUACUUACACAACUGGAACUUCUCCAAUCGUAGCAGCAGUCGUCGAUGUAAAUAGUGACAACAAAUCCGAUAUUAUUGUUAUAAGCUAUGAUUCAGACACUGUUGGUGUUCUUCUCAACAAAGGCAAUGGUAUCUUUCUGAAUCCAACUACUUACUCAAUUGGUGAUGGUGCACAAGCACUCACAGUCGUCGAUGUGAAUAGUGACAAUAAACCUGAUAUUAUUGUUGCAAACGCUAAUGAUAACGAUAUCAGCGUUCUCCUCAACGCAAAGAAUGGUACUUUUCAGAAUCAAACUACUUACUCAACUGAUUCGUACCCAAUUUCAAUGGCAGUCGUCGAUGUCAAUAAUGACAAUAAAUCCGAUAUUAUUGUUGCAAACUAUGGUUCGGACGAUGUUACUGUUCUUCUCAACGGAGGCAAUGGUUCCUUUCAGAAUCAGAUUACUUACUCAGCUGGUAGUGCUCCACAGACAGUAGCAGUCGUCGAUGUCAAUAGCGACAAUAAACCCGAUAUUAUUGUAACAAACUUUAAUUCGACCAGUAUCAGUGUUCUCUUACAUUGUUAA